AGCCUUCAGUGGCAUAUAUAAAAACUGGAUUACUACUGUACUACUCUCAGUCUCUCGGCUUCUAGACUAGGGAAGCUCACCAACCCAAGAACAAGAAGUGAUCGGAGAUGGCUCCCAAGAAGGUGCUCCUGCUCUGCGGAGACUACAUGGAGGACUACGAGGCCAUGGUUCCGUUCCAAGCGCUGCAAGCGUACGGGGUGUCCGUGGAUGCUGCCUGCCCCGGCAAGAAGGCCGGCGACUCGUGCCGCACCGCCGUCCAUCAGGGGAUUGGCCACCAGAAGGGGGAAAGAAAAGGAGAGUACACACAGUCACACAACGGGACAGGGAAAACAUAUGUGCAACUAGGUUUAUUUUUGAGAGCUCAUAAUGAAAUGACAGAUUUCUUGACAUAUGCUGAGUCAAGGGGCCACAAUUUCGCACUUAAUGCUUCGUUUGAUGAGGUUAAUAUCAAUGAAUAUGAUGGCUUGGUAAUUCCUGGAGGCCGUGCACCAGAGUAUCUCGCCAUGGAUGAAAAGGUUCUUGAUUUAGUAAGGAAAUUCUCUGAUGCGAAGAAACCUAUUGCAUCAGUUUGCCAUGGACAGUUGAUUUUGGCAGCAGCUGGAGUAGUCCAGAACCGUAAAUGCACCGCAUAUCCUGCUGUUAAACCAGUUUUGGUUGCUGCUGGUGCUAAGUGGGAAGAAGCUGAUACUAUGGACAAAUGCACAGUUGAUGGAAAUCUUGUCACUGCAGUGGCUUACGAUGCACAUCCUGAAUUCAUCAGCCUUUUUGUGAAAGCGCUUGGAGGCUCUGUAACUGGCUCAAACAAACGGAUAUUGUUCCUUUGUGGGGAUUACAUGGAAGAUUAUGAGGUUAUGGUACCAUUUCAGUCUCUUCAAGCCCUUGGUUGCCAUGUUGAUGCAGUUUGCCCUGACAAGGGUGCUGGGGAGAAAUGCCCAACUGCCAUACAUGACUUUGAAGGUGACCAAACAUACAGCGAGAAGCCUGGUCACGAUUUUGCUUUGACAGCAUCAUUUGACAAUGUGGAUGCAUCAAGCUAUGAUGCACUUGUAAUUCCUGGUGGACGGGCUCCUGAGUACCUUGCACUGAACGAUAAAGUCAUUAGCCUUGUGAAGGGCUUCAUGGAUAAAGCAAAGCCAGUCGCCUCAAUUUGCCAUGGCCAACAGAUUUUAUCUGCUGCUGGAGUCCUUCAGGGAAGGAAAUGCACGGCGUAUCCUGCGGUGAAGCUGAACGUGGUGCUUGGCGGGGCGACAUGGCUGGAGCCCAAUCCCAUUGACCGCUGCUUCACCGACGGCAACCUUGUGACCGGCGCGGCAUGGCCUGGCCACCCGGAGUUCAUCUCCCAGCUCAUGGCAUUGCUUGGCAUCAAGGUCUCCUUCUGAAGCAACGAGAGGUCAGGUCCCAGCGUUUUUGCACGCGAUAUAGCAAGACACAGCUUUGGGCUUUCGUCUAAGAUAUAUACAGUCUUACCGAUACUGUACCAGUCUGCUGUCGUUUUUUGUGCUUGAAAUAAUAAGAUAAUUACUAAAAGGGUUUGCGUGUUUAUAGUAUUAUGUCUGUACGAGCAGAAGGAGCUGCACCUGGGGAUUGCCUGUGUAUGAUAUGAACUGCAGUUGAAUUUCA